AUGGUCCGCCAACAGACGCAGCUCGUCCAGAAGUUCUCCCCCCAUGCUUCUCGGUUUCAGAAAGUAGCUAGUGCGCGAUACGCAAAAACACCGCAGAAGUCGCCCCUUGCGGCCAUCCAUCCCGCGGCGAGAAAUGUGAACACGAACCGCUUCCUGCAACCCCUCGAGGACGAGGAGGAUGAACAGUCCGCAUACACCCACCUCGACCGCCAAUUUGAUGCGCUCGAGCGGGACGAGGAGCUUGCAUACCGUAAGCACGCACACAGACGGGAUGAGGACGAUAGCAUGGACUGGGACGACGAGUCGACGCUCGUCGCGAUGCUUCAAGAAACUCCUGCGGUCGACGAACAAGAGGAAGUAGCAGCCUUGGCGAACAAGCUCAAAGCUCCUAUGGCUGCACAAGGCGCGGCGAUGAGGGAGUAUCUUGGCGAGACACUCCUUCCUGUCAUCGCUCGCGUGAAGGAAGUCCACGGUCUGCUGGAAGACAAGGUCGAUCUCGCGUUCGGUGCCGGUAUCAUGACGUUCGAUCAGGUCUGCAAGAAAGUUGAGAAUAUGGCGAUCCGCGACGAGGACGAGCUGAAAACGGCUUACACUGAAUGUCAGCAUAACAUGGAACACAUUGUCGACCAACUACAAGAAGCGUACGCUCGGCGCGACGAAUUAUGGGUAAUCCUACAGCAGGACGUCGAUCAGUGCGCCGAACGCGCCAAAGGCGCUCUCGAAGGUCUGCCAGCUGACGUCGAGCGCGCUAUUGCGGCGCUGGAGAAGAAGAGCAAGGAAUUAGACAAGGAGGGCUCCGCGGCCUCCAAGCAAAAGAUGCUAAAGGGCCUUCUGGAGAAGCUCUGA